AUGUUUGGUUUUGGAUUUUUACUGCUCUGCAGCAUUAAAGCCAAGGAGGUAGAGUCAAAUUGCAAUAUGAUAGGCAAACCAGAGAACCCUCUACUCUCCCAGGAUGGAGAUAUUAUCAUUGGAGGGGCUUUUUCAAUACACAACAAAAUAAAUUUAAUAAUACCAUCAUUUACAGAAAAACCUCAUCAUCUAAUGUGCACCAGCCUGAAUUUGAGAGAACUCCACUUUGCUCAAACCAUGAUCUUUGCAAUUGAAGAAAUUAACAGCAAGAGAAGCCUACUUCCAAACAUUUCAAUUGGAUACCAAAUAUUUGACAGCUGUGGUUCCACAUUAGCCUCUAUGAGGUCAUCAAUGGCUUUGAUAAAUGGCCAGGAGCUGACAGCAGAACAUACCUGCUCUGGAAAACCAGCAGUUAAAGCCAUUAUUGGAGAAUCUGAGUCUUCCACAACUAUUGUACUGUCUAGAGCAGCAGGGCCAUUCAACAUUCCCGUGAUUAGCCAUUUUGCUACUUGUGCCUGCCUGAGCAGUAGAAAGCAGUUUCCAUCUUUCUUCAGAACUAUUCCAAGUGAUUACUACCAGAGCAGAGCACUGGCACAGUUAGUGAAACACUUCGGGUGGACCUGGAUUGGAGCAGUAAGAAGUGACAAUGACUAUGGAAACAAUGGCAUGGCAACAUUUGUAGAGGUAGCUGAGAAAGAAGGAGUGUGUAUUGAGUAUUCAGAGGCCAUAUCAAGGACAAAUUCCAAAGACAAGAUUGCCAAGGUUGUUGAAGUAAUAAAAAAAGGCACUGCUAAAGUUCUCAUGGCAUUUCUGGCACAGGGUGAAAUGGAUGUGUUGUUGGAAGAGCUUAUCAGGCAAAAUGUCGUUGGACUACAGUGGGUUGGCAGUGAAUCUUGGAUUACAUCAAGUUACUUGGCAACUGAAAGAACUUUAAACAUCCUUGGUGGUGCAAUUGGCUUUACAAUUAUCAAGUCAAAAAUUCCCGGCCUGAAAGAAUUCCUACUUAAAGUUGGUCCAUCCCAGAACCUUUCAAAUGCUCUUCUUGGGGAAUUUUGGGAGAUGGUGUUUGGUUGUUGUCUCUCUCCUACAGUCUGCCCUAAUUCUGAGCAUGCAACAUUUUGUGAUGGAUCUGAAAAUCUAACCAAUGUUAGUAAUGCGUUCACAGACGUUUCUGAGCUAAGGAUUUCAAAUAAUGUUUAUAAGGCAGUCUAUGCUAUCGCUUAUGCACUGCAUAACACAAUAACUUGCAAAAACUCAAAUGGUGGAAAUGAAAACAUAACAUGUGGAGAUGUGGAUUUAUUGGUUUCCAGCCAAGUCCUGCAUUCACUUCAAAAUGUCAAUUUCACAAUGGACUCAGGUGAGACAGUGUACUUUGACAAAAAUGGGGAUCCUAUGGCAAAAUAUGAGCUAGUAAACUGGCAGAAAAAUGGAGCAGGGGAAACAAAGUUCAUCACUGUAGGACAAUAUGAUGCCUCGCUAUCCAGUGAACAGCAGUUUGUCAUUAAUUCGUUCGAUAUAAUUUGGGCAGGAGACAGUCCCACGAAACCAAUCUCAGUGUGCACUGAGAGCUGCCAGCCAGGAUUCAGGCAAGCUGUGAUAAAAGGAAGACCAGUAUGCUGCUUUGAAUGUUUGCAGUGCCCAGCUGGAGAAAUUAGCAAUACUACUGAUUCAGCUGAAUGCAUCAAAUGUCCAUUAGAAUACUGGUCAAAUAAAAACCACAGCAUCUGUGUUCUCAAAAAGGUGGAAUUCCUUUCAUUUGAGGAAAACAUGGGAAUUCUUUUGACUGCAUUCUCAUUAACUGGGGUUACUUUAACAAUUGCAGUUGCGAUAGUGUUUUACAAAUUUAUAGACACACCUCUUGUGAAGGCCAGCAAUACAGAACUGAGCUUUUUGUUGCUUUUUUCAUUGUCUCUGUGCUUUCUCUGUUCACUUACUUUCAUUGGUCGGCCCACUGAGGGGUCCUGUAUGUUGCGUCAUUCAUCAUUUGGGGUCACUUUCGCUCUUUGUAUGUCUUGUGUUCUGACAAGAACAAUAGCCGUGGUAAUGGCCUUCAAGACCACAGUGCCUGGUUCAGGGCUUCCUCAUUGUUCAUUACCUUUACAAAGAAUUAGUGUUUUCUGUUGCACUGUUUUUCAGGUGAUGAUAUGUAUCCUGUGGCUGGCACUGGCCCGUCCAAUGCCAUAUAAAAAUAGCAUGUAUUCAUUAGAUAAAGUUAUACUUGAAUGUGAUUUAGGUUCGGCUAUAGGUUUCUGGGCUGUGCUGGGUUAUAUUGGAUUGUUAUCGGUGUUGUGUUUCUUUUUGGCUUUUCUGGCUAGAAAACUGCCCGAUAAUUUCAACGAAGCCAAAUUUAUUACAUUCAGUAUGGUCAUAUUCUGUGCUGUUUGGAUCACAUUUAUACCAGCAUAUAUCAGUUCUCCUGGAAAACUUACAGUAGCUGUUGAAAUAUUUGCCAUUUUAGCUUCUACUUUUGGUUUGCUGUUCUGUAUAUUUACACCAAAAUGCUACAUUAUCAUAUUCAAGCCAGAACAAAACACAAGGAAACAUAUCAUGGGCAAAACUUAA